AUGGCGAAGGAUCUGAUGUCAAGCACAAAGGUUGAUGUUGAUAGAUUCGAUGGUACAGGAGACUUUGGUCUGUGGAAGACAAGGAUGAUGGCUCAUUUUCGUAUCCUUGGUCUUAAGGAUAUCAUAACCGACUUCAAGUUGGAGAAGGAGGUACCAAUCGUUAGAGUACCGGUUGCAGGACAGGCUCAACCAACUACUGAGCCACUAACAGAGUUUGUUCCUGAUCCUGCAAAGUUUGAGAAGUUAGAGAAAGCACUUGGUAUGAUUAUCAACAGCGUUGGUGAUCAUGUGUUGAGGAAAAUCGAGCAUUGCGUUACUGCUACUGAGAUGUGGUCUUUGCUUGAUGAGCUGUACACGGAAAGCACCUUGCCGAACCGUAUACAUCUGCAGCUAAAGUUUUACACUUUUAAGAUGAAUGAUGCUAGAAGUGUUGAUCAGAAUGUCGAUGAUUUCCUCAAGAUUGUUGCAGAGAUGAAUAGCCUUGAUGUUAAAGUCACGGAUGAAGUUCAGGCUAUCUUGUUUCUCACAUCUCUGUCACCAAGCUAUGAUCAACUAGCUCAUACACUCAAGUAUGGAAGAGAGACUCUGACUCUCAAGGAAGUUGUAUCUGCUGUGAGGUCCAGGGAAAGAGAGUUGGCAGAAACCUCUAAGGAGAAUAAAGGACCUGCAACGAGUCUUUACACAAAAGAAAGAGGAAGAUCUUACUCUAAGGGUUCCAAGGAUUCAAAUGGAAGGGGAAGGAGUAGAUCAAACUCAAAAUCAAGAGUUACUUGCUGGUUUUGCAAGAAAGAAGGUCAUGUAAAGAAGGAUUGCUAUGCAAGAAAGAAGAAGUAUGGUGAUGAUGGACCAGGAGAGGCUGGUGUUGUCACAGAGAAGCUUGUUUACUCCGAGGCAUUGAAUGUUGAUGAGCAGAGACCUGAAGAUGUGUGGGUGUUGGAUUCUGGUUGCACGUUUCAUAUGACUGCAAGGAAAGAUUGGUUCAUUGACUUUAAAGACAAUGGAGGCACGACCAUCUUGUUGGGAGACAAUCACUCGAUUAUGUCUCACGGACAGGGGUCGAUAAGACUCAACACACAUGGAGGCUCAAUCAAUGUGUUACACAAUGUUCGAUAUGUGCCACAACUGAGAAGAAAUCUCAUCUCCACAGGAACGUUGGAUAAGUUUGGUUUUAAGCAUGAAGGUGGAGAUGGUAAAGUGAGAUAUUUCAAGAAUAACAAAACAGCUCUGAGAGGAAAUUUGAUUAAUGGGCUGUAUUUUCUUGAUGGAGAGACUGUUUUAUCUGAAAGCUGUAAUGUUGAGAAGAAGUUUGAUAAAACAGCCUUGUGGCAUAGCAGACUUGGACACAUGGGUAUCAACAGUCUGAGAAUCUUGUCUGGAAAAGGUUUGAUUGACAGAAAAGAAGUGAAAGAUCUUCAGUUUUGUGAGCAUUGUGUCAUGGGUAAAGCAAAGAAGCUGAGUUUCAAUGUGGGAAAGCACACUACUGUGGAUGCUCUUGGUUACAUACAUGCUGAUUUGUGGGGUUCUCCAAAUGUCACACCAUCUUUGUCAGGGAAGCAAUAUUUUCUAUCUAUUGUGGAUGACAAAACAAGGAAGGUGUGGCAGAUGUUCUCAAACACAAAAGAUGAAACAUUCAUGAAGUUUUGUGAGUGGAUGACUUUGGUUCAGAAUCAAGUGAACAAGAAGGUGAAGGUUUUAAGAACAGAUAAUGGGUUGGAGUUCUGCAACACAAGGUUCGAUAAUCAUUGCAAAGCUCAUGGCAUUGAGAGACAUCGAACAUGCACUUACACACCUCAACAAAAUGGUGUUGCAUAG